AUGGAUGAGGAUGAGACACCACGUAGUUGGCCUGACCUUGUUGGUAAAGAUGGCAAUGAAGUCGUUGAAAAAAUAAAACAAGAGACUGGUUUUACGCAAGUUCAUAUUGUAAAACCAGGUUCGAUGCUUACAAUGGACUAUCGAACAGACCGUAUUCGAGUUCUUGUCGACGAACAAGGCAAAGUUCAAUAUCCACCAACUGUUGACGUUCGAUCACGCAAGAUGCCUUCACAUAAAACACUCAAAAUAAAGAAAGUUCUUGCUAAAAAGCAAAAACAAAAUCGACCAGUUCCACAAUGGAUUCGUAUGCGUACUGGUAAUACAAUUCGAUACAACUCGAAACGUCGUCACUUUCGUCGUACCAAACUCAAAUUAUAA